AAUCCAAAAACAACAACAAAAUUCCCUCUUUUCACGUGAAUCUCAAAGUCAUGUGAAACAUCACCACUCACUCACAUCACAAGCAAUACCUCCCUCUAAUCCACACCUAAAUCAUCUUCUUUAUCCUCACUAAUCACUAUUUUUCCCCAUCUAAUCCUCCCAUUAAUUAAUCUCCCAUUUUGAUUCCCUCUUCUUAACCUCAAACCAUCAUAAAACCUUGCCAUUUACUCAAACACACAUCCUCAAUUUCUCUCCAGAUCCCAAACUCUCACAUUGCCUGCAAUCUUCUCCGUUUCUAUGAAUCUCUAGAUCUCAAACUACUCCUUUAAGAUUAGUCCCACAUCGGAGAAGAUCACAAGAGGAUGGCCACUUAUAUAUCGAAGCCGUCAGCGAAGCCGGCUUCUAGAUCGUCUCCAACCUCGAAACCCUCCGCCACCGCCACCUCCGCCGCUCCGACCACAAACCCUUCCCUUUCCUCCCACGCCGCCAUGGUUGAGCUCAAGGGCCGCAUCCUUUCCUCCCUCUCCAAGCUCUCCGACCGUGAUACCCACCAGAUUGCCAUUGACGACCUUGAGAAGAUCAUCCGUACGAUUCCUCCUGAUGGGGUUCCUACUCUUCUCCAUUCCCUCCUUCAUGACCCCUCCGCCGGUGCUACCGACUCUAAGCCUGCCCCUACCGUCGCCCGCCGUGAACCCCUUCGUCUUCUUGCUCUUCUAUGUGCUGCUCACCCCGAUGCCGCUUCCUCCCACCUCCCUAAGAUCGUUUCCCACAUCGCCCGCCGGUUGAAGGACCCGUCUUCUGACUCAUCUGUGCGUGAUGCCUGCCGCGACGCUGCAGGCUCUCUUGCGGCGCUCUACAUUCGGCCGAGUAGCGGCGGCGAUGAUGCGGCUGGGUCGCCGGUUGUUGCCAUGUUCGUCAGGCCGUUGUUGGAGGCGAUGGGGGAGCAGAAUAAGGCCGUGCAGGCCGGUGCCGCCGCAUGCUUGGCCAAGAUCGUGGAGUCCGCUGGGGCCGCUGCUGGUGGCGCUGCGUUCCAGAAGCUUUGCCCGAGGAUCUGCAAGUCUCUUUCCGGUCAGAGCUUUCUUGCUAAGGGCGCAUUGCUUUCCGUUGUCUCUAGUUUGGCCCAGAUAGGAACUGUCACUCCUCAGAAUAUUCAGCCAAUACUGCAGAGUAUUCGUGAUUGUCUAGAUAAUAGUGACUGGGCAACUCGAAAAGCAGCUGCCGAUACUCUCUGUGUAUUGGCAUCUCAACCAAACCAUUUGAUUGCUGAUGGUACUGCUGCAACAAUAGCUGCUCUUGAGGCUUUCUCGGUGAAACCUGUCAGAGAUAGCAUCAUGGAAGCACUAAGCUUAUGGAAGAAGGUUGCUGGAAAGGGAGAAGAUGGAAUUUCAGAGGGCUCAAAAGAUGGUAAAAACAAUGAAUCAGCAGAUGUCGAAGAGAAAUUAGACCAGAAAAGGUCAAAAUCAGCAAAUAAGAAACCAGAAUCUUUAAAAGACUCUUCUACUGCUUCUUCACCUACUGCUGGUGAUUCUGCCACCAAAGAGAAAGCCAAUAGCAUACCAGAAAAGGCUGCAGUGAUACUGAAGAAGAGAGCACCAUCUUUAACUGACAAAGAGUUUAAUAUAGAAUUUUUCCAGAAACUUGAAACAAGGAGUUCUGGUGAUAUUGAAGUGGUGUUACCUCGCAGGUGUAUCCAGUCUUCCAAUUCACAGGGUGAAGAAGAACCAGAAUCAAAUGAUGGUCAUCCCAGGGCUCCAUCAAGUCACAAUGGAAAUACUUACCAUGAAUCAAAUGAAAGCAGGAGACGAGGUGACUUUAAUUACAACAAUGCAGAGAAACGACUUGGAGCGUAUAACAGGUCGCAAGAUGUAGAUGACUUCAGCCAAGAUAGGUGGACAGAACAAAGAGGACUUAAAGCUAAAGACUCAAAGUCUCGAUCCUUUGAUAUUGACGAUAGAAAUGAAUUUGGUCAGAAAGAUCCCGCAAUUGCUCGUGUAAAUACAUCCCGAACGGAUGGCCCUGUGGAAGGAUCCUUCAACAAUAGCAAAGGAAAUUGGUUAGCCAUCCAGAGGCAAUUAUCACAAUUAGAGAGGCAGCAAGCUAAUAUCAUGAACAUGUUGCAGGACUUCAUGGGAGGCUCACAUGAUAGUAUGAUUACUUUAGAAAACAGAGUUAGAGGUCUGGAGAGAAUAGUUGAGGAAAUGGCAAGAGAUUUGGCGGUACCAUCUGGCAGGAGAGGUGGCAAUGUGAUGCUGGGUUUUGAAGGGUCUCCUGGUAGGUCUUCAAGCAAGUUUAAUGGCUAUCAUGAAUAUUCAAGCUCAAAGUAUGGUCGGGUUGGUGAUGGACGAAUGCCAUUUGCAGAAAGGUUUCUGUCGUCUGAUAAUAUGAUCUCUGGAUCAAGAGGACGGGAUCCUCCUUGGAGAUCAGAUGCUGAAGCUUGGGAUUCAUAUCCAUAUAAUGCUCCAAGAAGUGGACUUGUAGGCUCUAGAAGAGGUAUAGGUGCCAGUCCUGUUGAUGGUAGAUUACCCAGAACUGAACGAGACAGUGAUCAAGUUGGUACCAGGAGAGCGUGGGACAAGGGUCAAGGACCAUUUAGGCUUGGCGAGGGUCCAUCUGCUAGAAGCAUUUGGCAAGCAUCAAAGGAUGAAGCAACUUUGGAAGCUAUUAGGGUGGCCGGAGAAGAUAAUGGAACCCCGAGGAGUGCUUCACGGGGGGCUAUUCGCGAAUUAGAUGCUGAAGCAGUUGAUAACACAGGUCAGGACCGAGGGCCAUUGUGGGCAUUAUGGACUCGUGCUAUGGAUGCUCUUCAUGCCGGUGAUGUCGAUUCUGCAUAUGCUGAAGUGCUGUCUGCCGGUGAUGACCUUUUGCUUGUGAAGCUGAUGGACAAAUCUGGUCCAGUCAUGGAUCAACUUUCUAGUGAUAUUGCGGGUGAGAUGUUGCGUGCAGUUGGACAGUUUCUGCUUGAGCAAAGCUUGUUUGAUAUGGCUCUUACCUGGAUUCAACAGUUAACUGACAUGGUUAUUGAAAAUGGACCUGAAUUCCUUGGAAUCUCCCUGGAAGGAAAGAGACAGAUUUUGCUGGACCUCCAUGAAGCUAGUGCAAUGGAACCACCAGAGGACUGGGAUGGACCAACUCCAGAGCAGAUGAUGGUUCAUUUGGCGUCAGCUUGGGAGAUUAAUAUACAACAACUCAUUAAGUAGAAAAUCAAAUGAUCUUUUGUGAAUGCCAUCCCUUUUUAUUCUCAUUGUUUUGGGUGUUUCUCGGUUCUUUAAUUGGAGUCCCUGUGUACUGAUGAUACUAACACAAUUAUUGUAUUCCUAUGUGCAAUGUAUACUGUUAUGGUUCAAUUAUUGGUUCAUUCUGGAGUUCAA